UUUCAGCCAGUAGGUAGCCAAUAGGUAGUAAUCGAAUACAUUUUGAGACAUUCGUACAAAAUGUAUAAAUCUACUUAACGCAUUGCACAGGUAUUACGUGACUACCCAUGUCGGAGCGUUUAUAACGGUUGUAGGUAACCUGCAACACGUUUAUACCAGCAUACAACUUCUCAAGGCCACAAGGAUUAUUACGAUAUUAAUAGUCUGAGAAAAAUUAUUGCACUGCAGCACAUCCUAUCAGAAGACUUACAGCGUUGACCGAGUGACAGUCCAUAUAAUUAUUGUAAAUUGUAUUUAUCGCGACCGUCGCAUUUCACAUUUAUAACUAAAUUAAAAGUAAAACAAUAUAUACCGACAUUUUUUAUAGAUUUUUUUUACUCUCUAAAAUCUUUUAACACUUUUUUUUGCACUUUAAUUAAACAAAACCAACAAUAUGUUUGGAAUAAAAGUGAAUACAAAAUUACUACCGCUGAAAAUGUGCUACUUCCUCAUAUUUGCAUAUUUAGGACCUAUGAUUGGAUUUUUGCCUACAAUAGCGAGACAAUUGGGAUACUCGAUGACGACUUACGGCGCCACCAUGACGUUCAUGUCGGUGAUAUCGAUGGUACUCGUACCUCUGUCCGGUGUUAUAGUCGACAGAUUUCGGAUAAAAAAAAGGUUAUUCUUAGUGUCCAUGUUCGGCAUAGGAGUGGUUUCGUUAUUGUUCUCGUUCGUGCCGAAAGCACCUUUGGACGUGGCCAAAAUUGAAUUGAAAUGCGACGCACAAACAACGACAAUGACCGUUGUAAACGAGAACAAUAAUUUGCAAACUACGAGCAACGUCACUUACUAUACCGCUGCCAGCGGCGAUGAGUUGAUAACGUGCAAGUUAAAUUGUCAAUAUGCAGAGUUGUGCAGUGCAGCCCGUGAAAUAAAUUACCUACAGAAUCAAUCUGGGUUGAGCGAUUUGUGGAUGAGAGCAAUGAACAAAAGUCAAAAUAAAUUCAACCAGAUUGACUUGACACUAAAAUCGAAAAACUUAGAACAGGUGAAUGCAAAUUCAUACGUCUUUCAAGUGUUAUCUGUCCAAAUAAAUGACACGCAAAUACUUACACCGACCUGUCAAUGUCAUUUUAAAACAUUUUGUCAUAUCGCAAACUGUUCAAACGAUAAAAUAAUGGAAGUAGUUACCGUCACAACGUACAGAGGAAACGUUCUUGAAUUGUAUCAAUUUUGGAUUUUUUUCGGUCUCAUUACGACGCUUUGGGCUUGUCUUUUGAUUUCGCUUUCAUUAUUAAAUCCUAUUUGUCUCGACACUUUGGGAGAUAAAUCUGCAGAGGAUUUUGGAAGACAAAAAUGUUGGGGCUCGAUCGGUUGGGGUUUUUUUUCUAUAUUCAUCGGGUGGCUCGUGGAUAUAUUUAGUUUCAAUAAAAAGGAUAAAGAUUAUUCACCCGUAUUUUACUCUGGUGCUUUAGUCACGGCUUUGAAUUUAGGAGUAAUAAAAACAAUCAAAGUUGCCGAAACGAACAAACCAGAAGGUCAGUGGAAAAACAUGCGUGGGCUGUUCACUAAAUAUUACAUGAUUUCAUUUUGCAUAUGGUCAAUAUUCAACACACUUUUUCAUACAAUCGUCACUCACUUUCUGUUCUGGUACAUGGAAGAUAUGGUUUCUGCUAACAACGACCACGGCCAACGGGCGUGGCUGAAAACGCUCCAAGGUCUAGCCCAGGGCAUCCAGUGUUUCGGCGGCGAAAUACCAUUUUUCUUCUGGUCCGGUUGGAUAAUCAGAAGGAUCGGUUACGGCAAUUGCAUGGCCGUAGUGAUGGGAUCCAUGGCCAUCAGGAUGUACCUUUACACAGUCAUCUGGAAUCCAACCUGGAUCAUUGCGAUAGAGUUGCUGAACGGCGUGUCGUACGCGUUGGGAUACUCGGUGAAAAUGUCAUACGCAAAAAAGGUGUCGCCUCCCGACACACUAAACACCAUAAUUGGGUUUAUGGGAUUUUUCGACUGCAUUGGCGAUUCUAUAGGCAGUCUACUGGGUGGAUAUUUAUUCGAUACACAUGGUGGAGUGUGGUCGUUCCGAUUUUUCUCCUAUAUGGCCGUCUUCGUGUGCUUUCUAAGCAUAGUAACCAAUUAUUUUGGUUUGACAAAGGAAUCUUUUAAUUUAAAAGAAAAUGCAGAAUCGACGAACACGGAUCUCAAAAUUACCAAUAAUAAUACCGAUAAAAAAAUGUGAUAUUUGUCUAUUUUUAAAAAAAAGUAGACAUAUUUUUUAAAAAUGUCAUAUUUGAUUUGUUAAAUAUUAUAAUUAUUUAAUGUUUAGA